CGGAGCUCCAAACCAGCUGCAUCCAUCCUUCCUUGUAGCACUGUCUCCACACUGUGGGUGACAGAUCCGCUUUGCCUUCAAGGAGAGCACCAUGACCUGCCCCCCUGCCUCUCCCUCCCUCACUCUCAGAUCUGAGACCGCCGAGAGGAAGAAGCGCAUUGGCACUCAUCCUGGAACCAAGUCCUCACCCACCCGAGACUGAUGUAGCCCAGAAGACACACAUGCCGUGGAUUUAUUUUCAGGAAACUGAACGAGAGGGUAUUUGAAAGUCGAGAGUGCCUCUGCUGCAGUACAGCCGGUAUCUCGCCAGUUUCACCAGCCUGCGUAGGUCAAGUCCAUUUCCUUCCACUUGUCAUUUACAGUAUCGAUCAGGUCAACUUGGGAAAUGUUCUAAUUGGAAGCGGUCUAAUAUUUUUUCUGGCCGGUAUUGCUGGGACAUUAACUAAUAGUAACCUGUGCAGUUCUUGAUUCCUCACUUCGCUGUUACCGGAUUGUCCUUUAAAUGCACCAGGCGCCCUCUCAGUAGUUCAAUCUCAUUUUUUUUUAUUUUGGUGGGCGGCAGUGUUAGACAAGACACGAGCCCGUGUUGUAAUAUUUACCACCUGUAAAUCUGUGCAUAAAGUCACUUGCAGCAAUUCCAGUUCACCGACUGCGAUCUUCUGGUGAGCGGACCCUGCUCUCAGGCGGAUGGACAGGUUGCCAAGUUGGGAGCCCAAUGUCUACGACAAGCCGUGAGAUCUCUCAGCCCUGCGGUUCCUCGGGUUUAAUCCUUCGUGCACCCUUCAAACUCUGAAUUUUUGCCAACUGCCAUCGACCCGAUUGAUUUCGCAGCAGAUCACGGAGUUACUUCUCGUCCGCGCUCGGGGGAUUGAUGGCUUCCCUUCGCAGGGUGAAGGGGCUCCUGAUUCUCAACCUUGUGGCCGUGGUGGGCUUCUUGCUCUUCCUGGCGAGGUGCAGGGCUCCCCUGAAGGGGUGGGAGUCGGUGCAGGCGGCGCAGAGCCGAGCCGAGUCCACCAACCUGACAUACCGAGGCGCGCAUCCUGUCCAACAGGCAGUGCUGAAGAGGUUGUCGCUUCUGGAGGACAUCGUCUACCGCCAACUGAAUGGAUUGUCAAAGUCCCUUGGGCUCAUUGAAGGAUUUGGUGGCCGAGGUCAGGGAGGAUUGCCUGCUACACUUACAACUGAAGAGGAAAGAGAAGCCGCAGGAGCAUAUGAAAAAUAUGGAUACAAUACUUACUUGAGUAACAGGAUUUCACUGGAUCGGUCCAUUCCAGACUAUCGACCAAGUAGGUGCAAAGAAUUAAGCUACCCCAAGAACCUGCCACAGAUUUCUCUCAUUUUCAUCUUUGUGAAUGAAGCUCUGUCAGUCAUCCUUCGCUCUGUACACAGUGCAGUGAAUCACACACCAGCCCAUCUAUUGAAAGAAAUUAUCCUUGUAGAUGACAACAGUGAUGAUGAAGAACUAAAGGCACCACUGGAAGAGUACGUACACAAGCGAUACCCAGGUCUGGUGAAGGUGGUACGGAAUCAAAAACGAGAAGGCUUAAUCCGAGCUCGGGUCCAGGGUUGGAGAGCUGCAACAGCACUCAUCACAGGCUUCUUCGAUGCCCAUGUGGAGUUUAGUGCAGGCUGGGUUGAACCAAUCCUGGCAAGAAUUAAAGAAGACAGAAAGCGAAUAAUUCUUCCUUCCAUUGACAACAUCAAGCACAAAACAUUUGAGGUGCAACGUUAUGAGAAUAGUGCCCAUGGUUACAGCUGGGAGCUCUGGUGUAUGUACAUUAGUCCUCUCAAAGAAUGGUGGGAAAGAGCAGACCCUACAUUACCAAUCAGAACCCCUGCUAUGAUUGGAUGCUCGUUUGUAGUGAACAGAUUGUUUUUUGGUGAAAUCGGCUUACUGGACCCUGGAAUGGAUGUUUAUGGCGGGGAAAACAUAGAACUGGGGAUAAAGGUCUGGUUGUGUGGUGGAAGUAUGGAGGUACUCCCUUGUUCUAGGGUGGCUCACAUAGAACGCAUGAAAAAACCGUAUAAUAGUGACAUAGGAUUCUACACCAAGAGAAAUUCACUCCGUGUUGCUGAAGUAUGGAUGGAUGACUACAAAUCCCAUGUUUAUAUGGCAUGGAAUAUCCCCAUGGAUAAUCCAGGAAUUGACAUUGGCGAUAUUUCUGAAAGAGUAGCUUUGAGAAAGCAUCUCAAAUGUAAGAAUUUCCAGUGGUAUCUGGACAAUGUGUACCCAGAGAUGAGGAGAUACAACAAUACAGUGGCAUAUGGAGAGGUUCGUAACAACAAAGCAAAAGAUUUUUGCCUGGAUCAGGGCCCACCUGAGAACCACACAGCCAUUCUAUAUCCAUGUCACGGGAUGUCUCCUCAGCUGGUCAGGUAUACAAAAGAAAGAUAUAUAAAUCUUGGAUCCCUGGGGUCUAUUGUUCAAUUGCCUGAUACACAAUGCCUGGUGGACAACAAGAAAAGUCGAUAUCCUCAGCUUCUAGAUUGUGAGAAAGUGAGAAAUGUUUACCAGAAGUCUUGGCGUUUUGUCCAGAAUGGAUCAAUCCUUAACCUGGAAACUGGCCGCUGCUUGGAGGUGGAAAACAACAAAAAGGCUGAGUUUGGGAUUGAGCUGGUUUUACAACAAUGCACAGGACAAAAGUGGACAAUUAAAAAUGUCUUGAAGCAAGCAACCUAAUACUGAGCUGGCAUAGUCCGAAGGAAACUGGAUUUCUUAGUACCAGAAAAGACUAAAAACCUCAGAGCGAUAUCGCAAUAGGCUUGGACAUGACAACAACCUCCAAUAUAUUUGAGUGACUAACACAAACUCAAAUCGGAUUAUGUCUUCAGGCUGGGCUUUUAGUUUAUUUUUAUUUUGAGAUUUUAAAAUAAAAUCUAAUUUUGUUUGAAUGUUAUAUAUAAUCAAAUGGGAAAAAUGUUAGGAAAUAUCUAUUCAAUAAAUUAAUAGAUUCUC